AUGUACAAAGUCGGUCUGAUUUGUUUAUUUCUUGCUCUCAUCGGAUGUUUAAGCCAAGAUUUUAUAACGAGGAGGUUCAAAGUGGGCAUUGAAUAUGAAAAUUCUUUACCAAUGAGUGGCAGAUCAGACAGAUAUCGUCACAAGAACAACUACGAUCCGUUCUUCGUAUCAGUCACUGCUACUGCUAAAAAAAACUACGUAAUUUCCUACAUAGAAGUGAAGGCGUCUGUGGAUGCGACGGGUGACGUCGAAUUCAACCUCAUAAGCGGGCAAACGGGAUCUCGUCAGAUUGUCUUCCAGUUGGUGUCCAAUCAGAGCGACUUCCUCUCCUACUCCUACCUGGUCUACGGCAUCAAGGAGGAUGAGUACAAAAAGGUUCAAGAAUCUUUAAACGUUAGUUAGCAAAUAUCAUCACAAUACCUCUGAGAACAGAGGAUGACAUACAGUACACAUAACACAAAAAUUUUAUUAAUUAAUUUUAAUU